AUGGACUACGAAUUCCAGAACGCCAACACCUGGGAAGAAACCAGCCCCGUCACGCCCGUCCGCAAAGCAAAACCCAAAAAGAAAAGCAGAAAAAAGAAGCCCUCCGCACCCGCCUCCGUUGCCGGCUCGGCUCGCGCGACCAGUCCCGCCCGUUCCAUUAACAACGGCGUCCGCGUUGACCCCAGCAGCCCGCCCCCAGGCAGCGCGACCGUCCUGCCAGAUCAACCACCAGCAACAGGUCUAGGAACAGCAACAACAACGGUAACAACAACAGAAACGCUGCUCGGCCGCCAAGUCCCGCGAGAUCAACAAGUAGUAGGAGCAGUGUCGGCAAUAACAGAAAUGCAUCUGCUGCAGGCCGGGCGACAAGUCCUGCAAGAUCUGUCAGCAGCGCGGGAGUCUGUAAAGAGUCCAUCGUCGGUGAUUGCGCCGUCGGAGUAUGAUGAUCCUUGGGGCGAGAACCGUAAGUCGUAUCCUGAGAGCGUGCGGGACGAUUUUUACGACGGGGACGACGAUGAGGAACUGAAUGAGCUGGAUGAUCUGCAUACUAUAUCGGCGUACACUAGGCCGAUUUAUUACGGCGAUGGGGAUAUAUGGGGUGAAGCAGAUCCAUAUGAGGGUCCUGAUGGGCUGCGGAGAGAGAACGAGGGUGUAAGGUUGGAGAGACUCGGGGCCGCUCCAAAUGGACACUAUGAGAUAGCGGAGCGCCGUAGUGCCAUCUUUGAUGAACGGUUCUUUGGGCCCAGAGGUGUAAAUCUCCGCCAUAUCGCGCAAAAGACAAACACGUACGUGAGCAUGCCGAAUGACGAUGCAGACCCUCAAGUGCACAUAUGGGGGCGGCCAGACCAGGUCGCUCUCGCCACCCGAGAUCUUAUGCUCCUGUCAGAGCACAUCUUCCACCAGAUGAACCUCAAUGAAAAGCUCAAAAAAGACGGCCGAAAAAAAGGUCGUCCCGGCCGUGAACGUGACUGGGUCAGAAUCCGAGCCCAGCCCAGCGAGCGCAAGCAGCGCUACCUCGACCAGGAGAGGCGUAGGAAUGAGAGGUGCCGGCAGCUGCGGCGGCCUCCUCCCAAAGCCCCUUUCGAGUUUAAUGCUGUAGGAACCUUUUUAUGGCCAAAGGAAGCCAAUGCACAGGACCAUCUUGGGACGAGUUUUGAGCUGCUGGAUGAUGUGAGGGUUGAGCAUGAUGUUUGGAUCCUUGACCACAGGCAGCUGGAUGGGUAUAUGUUUCAAGUCCUUGGGGAGGACCCGGACGCCGUGGAUAAAGCUGUUGCAAGGCUGUAUGGAGCAUUCUGCGCGGCAGCUGCAAAGAAUCGCACAAUCAUAGAUAAGCACCUUCUUCAUCCUCCGUCUAUGGAUUUAAAGAACAUCCGUGUUGGCCUUAUCAAAGAGCGGGAGCUGGAGAAUUGCCAGACGAUAGAAAGGUUUGGGGGGAGCACAACGGGGGCCCGGGCUCUCCUCGUUGGCGAAUCUCCAUCCUGGGAAUUUGUAGAGAGCUGGAAGACCAGGCGAGAAGUCUUGGAGGCGGCCAAUGACCGUUUUAUCAGGAGAGUGAUGCAAGAAGGAUUGAGGGAAGUCGUUUACUUUAGAGGUUAUGCUUCUUUGAAGAUAAAUUUUGGGACUUUGGUUCUCUUCGGUUAUAGAAAACCACCGCCUGAGGGAUUCUCUAUAGAGGAUUUCUCUAGUAUGGUCCGGGAUCCGAUGACAGCUGGAGAGCUCAUCAAACACAUAGGAAAAGAGCACGUUGCAAAGGCAUUAAUCACCGAAUGCCACGCACGAAAGGACCUCUUCCACCAUGUGAACCGCGGCCACUCCAAAUUCGCCGAAAACCCCUACAGCGACCUCGCCGACGGCCAGGGAGAAAUCCACGACAUCCAAGACGACCUCGAUAUCCCCGACCCCAACAUCGAGGCCACAUUCGAGUGCACAAUCUUCAACGGACCCCUCUCCUCCAAGAUCCGCCUCGAGAUUGAGUUUGAGCGCAUCCCCGGUAAGCAUCCGGGCGAUAUGGCAAACGCCGCCGGUGACCUCUACCGGGUCGGCAUGCGCCGCUGGCUCUUUAUCCAAAAGAGUGCCAACCCCAACAACAUACGGGGCGGUGCCAGGCAACGCCGUAGGGGCCCUGUCGACAUCAAGGUCAUGGAUCUGGAGUCAGACCUUGCGUGGCAGAUAGAGUUCAACACGUACGAGUUCUGCCCCGACGCAGACAAGUACCCGAUUUUCAAGGACUUCCUGAAGAAGAUCCGCAUCGAGGAGAUCCCCGACGAGUCUGAUCCCAUUGGACCCCCGCGCCCUGGUAGCGCGGAGGCCAGGAGGAGGGUCAAGAGGAUCAACUGGGCGAAUCUCCCAGGACUGGUGGUGGACAAGAUCGUGCAGAAGACGAAGCACCAGUAUUGGAUCUCGAGAACGCAGUACAAGUUCGAGAUCACCCAGUACGAAACCUUCUUCCCCGAGAGCAUCGGGCCGAGCCGUGUGAGUCUGACCAAUCUAUACCCGGUCGGCAUCCAAAUCUCCUGGAAAGGACUGGCGACAGACCAUGACGUCCGCUGGGGGGCAUCCCUCACGCAUGCCGACUGGACACACAAUCUCGCGCAGCAAUCUUUGAUCGGACUGGGGCGCUCGGGUGACUGGGAGCCAGAGAUAGACAGCUUUUUUACAAGUUCUGGGGUCGGGGGGUUCAAUCACCCAAUGUGGACAAGGGAUUGGAAUGUCCUAAGUGGCCCGGACCCCUGGGGUGGGGAUGGGUGGAAGGAGCUCAUGACGAGACUAAAGGAAUUAACAAAGUUUAUUGCGCAAGUGAGGGAUAUGAAUCUGGUGUUUAAGGAGCCGGGAUACGCUGGGCCAGAGGAGUUUGAUGAGUAG